AUGGAUAGUGAUUACAGUGACAGUGGAUCAGAGAGUUUAGAGCCUGCAUAUAGACCUGGAGCCGAUGAUGAUGACGAUAAUGAAGAGUACAUUGAAGUGCAACAUACCCCCAAAAGAUCGAAACCAAGGGCUAAUAAAAGAUCGAAAACUGGAAAUGGUGGCAUAAGCAGGUCAAGUAAUAACAGAAGAAGACGUACUAGGGAGAUUCAAGAUGAAGAUGCAGAGGCAGAAGCUGAAGAAGAAUUAGAACUGGAACAGAUGUCGUCACCAAGGAAAAGAGGUGGAGGAGGAACCCAAGUCGUUGAUGAAGAGGAGGAAGAUGAAGAGGAGGAAGAUGAAGAGGAUGCUCAGGAACUCUCACCAGAGCCAAAGAUGUUCAGCGAAGAUGUUGAAGUAGAGGAUGAAAUACCGGCCCCAACAGCGGUUGAAGAAGAGGAAUUACGAGAAACUACAGAGGAAUCAAUGAAACCCAAUGGGAAUGGUGGGGCCAGUAAUGGCACAAAAUCAAAGAUGUUAACAGAAUUACUAGGUGAUGGAUCCACCAAAAAAAUUAUGACUGAGGAAGAAAUUGCGCUACGUAGAGCUGAAAACGCACGUAAACGUAAGAACCUAAGUGAGAAGAGACUUGAAGAAGAGAAGCAAGAAACCAUCAACAAGCUGUUAAGAAGACGUGCAGGCAAAUCAAGAAGCCACGUGGACGAUAAAGAAGAUGAAAACAGUAACAAUACCGGAGAGUCAGGCCCCAACGGUGAAUCUUUGAGUUUCAGCAGACCGAGAAGGCCCUACAUCAGCAAGGGAAUGAAUAGGACUUUAAGGAAACCUGAUGUGGAUUUAUACUGUUCCAUUGAGUUUGACUAG